GUCGUCGUCGUCGUUAUCGCCGGCGUCAGAGCGAACACGCAGCUGCCAAGGGCAGUCUCCGGUAUUCGGUCCAGUCUGCCAUACGCCGUCGUUUCGUACGCACGAACGUUGAGCGGGCUCGCGCGCGUGUGUGCACGAGAGAGAGAGAGAGAGAGAGAGAGAGAGAGACAGAGAGAAAGAGAGAGAGAGAGAGAGAGAGAGAGAGAAAGAAAAAGAUAGAGAUAGAUAGAAAGAUAGAAAGAAAGAAAGAAAGAUAGAAAGAUAAAGAAAUACACAAACCCUCGGAUACACACAUAUAUACACACACGUACAUACAUAUAUACACAUACACACAUAUGCACGCACCUGGAGGACAGACGGACCUUUGGAUGGACCUAUAACGCAAGGAUUUAUUAAUAACUCGUAUGAAAUUCAUCUCGUUUUUAUCUACAACGAUUUUCUUCUUUAAUUUUCUAAUCUUUAUUUCUCCCUUUAAUUUUCCCCAUCGUCGAUCUAUCAAUUCAUUGAACUCGUUUUUAAUAUUUCUUUUUUUUUUUUUUUUUUUUAUAUUUUCUUCUAAUUCAUUUCUCCUAAUCUGCCGGAGAAAAAUCUAAUCGACGUGUGUCGUGUGUGCGUGUCUCGUGAUUAUUGUGUUUCGAUUGUUCGGAAAAAGAUUCGAGAAAUAUCAUUCCAUCCCGUAAGAGACGUUCAAAUACGGUGACGUAUGAUUGUGAGAUUUGUUGUUAACAUUUUGAAAGGACGACGAACGUGUUGAUAUUUCUUUUUUUUUUCUUUUUCUUCCUUUUUUUUUUCUCCUUUUUUCUUCUGUGACAAAUCAAGGAGAAAGGCAAUGUGCUUUCUUUCAAAUGGCUAAAAACGAAAGGUGUUAGAAGAGUCCUUUUUUUUUUUUUUUUUAUCACUCGUGUGUUUCUUGUUUUCUUCGUGGAAGAUAUAAGGAUCGACACGAUGCUCUAACGAAGAUUUCUCAGCGGCGUGAAUUUCUUCGAGCGAGUCACGAGAAGCUGGAGAAGAAGACGAGAAGGAUAGUCGUUGAAGGAAGAGAAAAAGAAGGAGGAGGAAGAGGAGGAAGAGGAGGAGGAGGAAGAAAAGGAGAAGAGUAAAGAUAGAAGAGGGUGGUGGCAGUUGUUACAAGGGUGGAAGAGAGAAGAGAAACGGUGGGGCGAACCGGAACCGGAAAUGGCUGCGAGGUGGCUCCUACUGGCGCUCCUCGCCGCCCAUGCCGCGGCUCUUCCUGAUAUCAUUAGGAUAGGUGGGCUGUUUCAUUCGUCUGACGACAAACAGGAAGUGGCCUUUCGUUACGCCGUAGAAAAAAUCAACGCCAACAGGGACAUCCUGCCCAAGUCUCGUCUCAGUGCCCAGAUUGAACAGAUAAAACCGCAAGACAGUUUUCACGCUUCCAAGAGAGUGUGCCAUUUGCUGCGGAGUGGCGUAGCUGCAAUUUUUGGUCCUCAAAGUGCGCACACCGCUUCCCACGUGCAGAGCAUCUGCGACACUAUGGAAAUACCGCACUUGGAGACACGCUGGGAUUACAGACUAAGAAGGCAAAGCUGCCUCGUCAACCUUUAUCCUCAUCCUACUACCCUUUCGAAGGCGUACGUUGACCUUGUGAAGGCAUGGGGUUGGAAAAGCUUUACCAUCAUAUACGAGAAUAACGAAGGACUGGUACGAUUGCAGGAGCUUUUAAAAGCUCACGGUCCAAGUGAAUUUCCCAUUACCGUUAGACAACUUAGUGAAGGCUCGGAAUAUCGGCCAUUGCUGAAGCAGAUAAAGAACUCGGCUGAGUCACACAUCGUGCUGGACUGUUCCACCGAAAGGAUUUACGACGUCCUGAAACAAGCUCAACAAAUAGGAAUGAUGAGCGACUAUCACAGUUACCUCAUCACUUCUUUGGAUCUUCAUAGCGUCGAUUUAGAAGAAUUUAAACACGGCGGGACCAAUAUCACUGCCUUCCGUCUGGUUGAUCCAGAAAAGCCAGAGAUUCAGCGAGUUGUACAAGACUGGAUCUAUGGUGAGAAGCGUUAUAAUCGUGAACUCGACAUGGGCCAGGCAUCUAAUAAGAACAAUCUGACGUGCAUAAAGACUGAAACCUCUUUGAUGUACGAUGCCGUACAUCUUUUUGCAAAGGCAUUACACGAUCUGGAUACUUCUCAACAGAUCGAUAUUAAACCACUUUCCUGUGAAUCAACGGACACUUGGCCUCAUGGAUAUUCCUUAAUUAAUUACAUGAAAAUUGUCGAAAUGACCGGUUUAACCGGUAUCAUUAAGUUCGAUCAUCAAGGAUUCCGUUCGGAUUUUAUUCUUGAUAUUAUUGAGCUUAAUAAUAAGGAUGGUUUGAAAAAGAUCGGUACGUGGAACAGUACAAAGGGUAUAAAUUUUACGAGAAGCUACGGGGAUGUUUAUACGCAAAUCGUCGAGAAUUUACAGAACAAAACCUUCAUCGUGACAACGAUAUUGAGUGCUCCGUACUGUAUGCGGAAGGAUUCGAGCGAGAAGCUUAGCGGAAAUGCGCAAUUCGAGGGAUACAGCGUCGACUUGAUUUACGAGAUAUCGCGAAUCCUCGGCUUCAAUUAUACCUUCAGACUAGUGCCGGAUGGCCGUUACGGUUCGUACAAUAAGCAGACCAAGGAAUGGGAUGGGAUGAUGAAGGAGCUUCUAGACCAAAAGGCCGACCUCGCCAUCGCUGAUUUAACCAUUACUUACGACCGUGAACAGGCAGUUGAUUUCACAAUGCCUUUUAUGAAUUUAGGGAUAAGCAUACUUUAUCGUAAGCCGAUAAAGCAACCACCGAAUCUCUUCUCGUUUCUCAGUCCAUUAAGCCUUGACGUUUGGAUCUACAUGGCCACAGCUUAUCUAGGAGUGUCCGUUUUGUUGUUCAUUCUAGCAAGAUUCACACCGUACGAGUGGUACAAUCCUCAUCCAUGCAACAAAAACCCGGAUCAUCUGGAGAAUCGUUUCAAGCUACUCAACUGCCUCUGGUUCACCAUUGGAUCGUUAAUGCGGCAGGGUUGCGAUAUUCUGCCAAAGUUCAGCCCCUACGAGUGGGAGAAUCCCCAUCCGUGCAACGGACAGUCUGAGGUCCUCGAGAAUGAGUUCACCCUGAUGAACUCGCUCUGGUUCACCAUAGGCUCGCUCAUGCAGCAAGGCUCUGAUAUAGCGCCGAAGGCUGUAUCAACACGUAUGGUAGCCGGUAUGUGGUGGUUCUUCACUCUUAUCAUGAUAUCGUCGUACACAGCAAAUCUCGCUGCAUUCCUUACAGUCGAAAGAAUGGAUUCGCCGAUCGAGAGCGCCGAAGAUCUCGCGAAACAAACGAAAAUAAAAUAUGGCGCCUUGAAGGGCGGCAGCACAGCCGCCUUUUUCCGGGAUUCCAAUUUCUCGACGUAUCAGCGCAUGUGGUCCUUCAUGGAUUCGGCGAAGCCGACGGUAUUUACAUCGAGCAACGUCGAGGGCGUAGAUCGAGUGAUCAAGGGAAAGGGAAGCUACGCAUUCCUAAUGGAAUCCACUUCCAUUGAAUACGUAAUCGAGAGGAACUGCGACCUAACUCAAGUCGGCGGUCUCUUGGACUCGAAAGGAUAUGGCAUAGCCAUGCCACCAAAUUCGCCGUACAGGACUGCUAUAAGCGGAGCCAUACUGAAACUUCAAGAAGAAGGGAAGCUGCACUUACUGAAGACUCGAUGGUGGAAGGAAAAACGAGGAGGUGGAUCCUGCAGGGACGACACGUCAAAGAGCAGUUCAGCAGCAAACGAGUUGGGUCUGGCGAAUGUUGGUGGCGUAUUCGUUGUACUGAUGGGUGGCAUGGGCGUUGCCUGUGUAAUAGCUGUAUGCGAGUUCGUCUGGAAGAGCAGAAAGGUCGCGAUCGAGGAACGGAAGCAGAAAUCAUCGGGGAAACCGAUCUGCGAAGGUUUUACUGAUCUGCACUAGCGAGCAAUACUAUUCGCCACGCUUCAAAAACAGAUUCCUAAGCCCGAGCCGGUACAACUAAGUGUAUCUGACCCGAGUUCUAUGGACCUAAGGAAGAACUCCAUCAUGAGUGACCGAGAAUCGUGUAUAAACUGCAUACCAAUCGAAGAAACGAAAUAAUCGAGAGAAGAAGCAAGCAGCCUCGACCUUUCCAAUUUUUCCAUAACGAAAUCUCUAAACAUUUUUAAUAUUUAAUAAUAUCGAUGGCCUUCAAAAUUGAUCGUCUCUUCGUUCGAAAGCGAUCGAAAAGUAAAAGGAAAAAAAAAAAGUUUAAAGAAAAAAAAAAAAAAGAAAAAAAAGAUUAAAGAAAAGAAAAAAAAAAGAAAAUAAAGAAAAUUAGAAAGUCUCGAUUUCUUGCUGUAUCUCUCGACGAUUAAAAUUUUUAUCUCUUCGAUCAUCUAUCGCAAAAAGUUUUCGUUUGAAACUUUCGAAACUCUCGAAACUUCCAGUCUAAAGUUGAAAGUUCAUCGUGCCAAUUUUCGAGGGUAAACGUUCGAACGAUGGUCUAUAAUCUAACUUGUUCUUAAGAGAGAAUAUAAUAUUAAAAAGAAUAAAAAAGAAAGGAAGAAAAAAAAAAAAAGAAAGAAAAGAAAAGAGAGGGAAAAAAUUGAUUCGUAGAAAAAGCAAAAAAAAUAAAUAAAUAAAUUAAUUAAUUAAUUAAUUAAUUAAUAAUAGUAAUAAUAAUAAUAAUAAUAAUAAUAAUAAUAAUAAUAAUAAUAAUAAUAAUAAUAAUAAUAGAAAAGAAAACUCUUAAUUAAUGAAGUUCGAACGAUGAACAAUCGAUUUCAAAUUCAAUCUCUCGAAAUUCUUCUCGAAACCUUUUCCAGCUUCGUGGCCAACAGAAUUGACACCUUUUUGAGGCUAGCCGACGACAAAUCGUUUUCCCACUGGUCAAACAAGCGCGUGCGCGUGCGCUUGCACAUAUACGUGUGCGCGUGUGUACAUGUAUGUACGUAUAUAUGUAUGUAUGUAUGUAUGUAUGUAUGUAUGUAUGUAUGCGUGUAUGUGUGUAUGACAGGCCAUUGUCGAGGGGAAAAGCAAAUAGUUGUACUUUCGAGCUUGACCUCGAAAGGGUUAAUCGAGUGGAGGGACGCAUCGUUGGCAAACAGGCUGGCGAAGUCGAGUCUCAGUUGGUCCUUCGAAACUGAACUCAAAAUUGGAAAGGUCAAUCGCGUUUGCGUCUCACUCAUAUAUACACACACAUCGCUCAUAUCACAAAAACAAACAAACAAACAAACAAACAAACAAACAAACAAACAAACAAGCAAAUAAACAAGCAAAUAAACAAGCAAGCAAACAAUAAAUAAAUAAAAAAUUCAAACGAAACGAAAUGAAACGGAAACAUUUAGAAAUUACAUAAUAUAAUAAAUGAGUCAAAGAGUAAAAGACUAUGAAUGAAAACCUCGCAGUGCUCGCGAGUCGAGAAAAAGUCUGCCAAUUGCGAUCGAUAAAAAAUAACGUUUUCUUCUUAAGGUAAAAA